GCGGGUUAGGUUGCGCCUAGAGCUGUCAAUGUCUGCUCAUCUUCCCGGUACUGGUGCUUGGUAAUGGCAUUUGGCCGUCGGUCGCUGUUGCUUUUGAGGUGGUGGCGGAGGCGGGAAUUAGCGCUGUGACCAGGUGUGACAGAAGGAGCAGGGUAUCCAGCGGGCUCACCCCGGGCGGGGCCCCAUUUAUUGUGUAUGUUUUGAUGCGCUGAGUGAAUAUGGCCACCAUGGAGAAGCUGAUGCGGGCGUUUGAGUCACUUAAGUCCUUCCAGCAGCAGCAGGGACCGGCUGUACCCGAGGAGCCCGUGCAGAAGCCGAAGAAAGAUCCUUCGACUAACAAGAAAGAUCGUGUAAAUCACUGCCUGACGAUAUGCGAGAACAUUGUCGCACAGUCCCUCAGAAAUUCCCCCGAGUUCCAGAAACUGCUGGGCAUAGCCAUGGAGCUCUUUCUGCUGUGCAGCGACGAUGCCGAGUCAGACGUUCGAAUGGUCGCUGAUGAAUGUUUGAAUAAAGUAGUAAAAGCUUUAAUGGACUCCAAUCUUCCAAGGCUUCAACUAGAACUCUAUAAAGAAAUCAAAAAGAACGGCGCGGCGAGGAGUCUGAGAGCGGCCCUCUGGAGAUUUGCUGAGCUUGCGCAUCUUGUACGGCCCCAGAAGUGCAGACCUUACCUGGUAAAUCUGCUUCCCUGCCUGACGAGGAUCAGUAAACGGCAUGAAGAGUCUGUGCAAGAGACGCUUGCUGCUGCUGUUCCAAAAAUUAUGGCUGCCUUUGGUAACUUUGCGAAUGACAAUGAAAUUAAGGUCCUGCUAAAAGCGUUUAUCUCAAAUCUGAAAUCCGCUUCCCCCACGAUCCGUCGGACUGCAGCUGGUUCUGCGGUGAGCGUCUGUCAGCACUCGCGAAGAACGCAGUAUUUCUACACGUGGCUUCUCAAUGUUCUCUUAGGACUUCUUGUUCCAGUAGAGGAUGAACGCCCUACUCUGGUAAUACUGGGAGUAUUAUUAACACUACGUUACCUGAUCCCACUGCUACAGCAACAGGUGAAAGAUACAAGUCUGAAAGGAAGCUUCGGCAUGACUAGAAAAGAGGCAGAAAUUUCUCCUUCUGUUGAGCAGCUAAUACAGAUUUACGAGCUGACUUUGCAUUACACGCAACACCGGGAUCAUAAUGUAGUGACCGGCGCGUUGGAGCUGCUGCAGCAGAUGCUUCGGACUCCUCCGAUUGAGCUUCUUCAUGUGCUGACCACGUCCGGAGGGAUCGAGCAGGUCGCUGUCGGCAGGGACGAGCUGCAGAGCCGAAGCCGCAGCGGAAGCAUUGUAGAGUUGAUAGCUGGUGGAAGCUCUACUUGCAGUCCUGUACUUUCAAGGAAACUAAAAGGGAAAAUGCACUUGGGAGAAGAGGAGGGACUGGAAGAUGACACUGAUGCAAAACCAGACGUCACUACAACACCUUUUGCAGCCGCGGGUAAGAAUGACGUGGCAUCCGAUGGAACCUCGUCGGCGGGCACCCCCGCUCCAGCAUCGGGCUCUCUCGAUCCUGCGGGUCAUGACAUCAUCACGGAGCAGCCGCGAUCCCAGCACACAUUGCAGUCGGACUCCGUAGACCUGAGCGCUUCUGAUUUGGCCAGCACCAUUACAGAAGGAGAAGAGGAGGACAUCUUAAGUCGUAGCUCUAGUCAAAUCAGCACUGCCCAGUCUGACACGAACAUGGAUUUGAACGAGGGAACCACCCAGGCUUCCUCGCCGGUCAGCGAUAGCUCACAGACCACAACAGAAGGUCCAGACUCUGCUGUGACCCCUUCAGACAGUUCUGAAAUUGUAAUCGAUGGAGCUGAGAACCAAUACUCGGGAAUGCAGAUUGGACAACUUCAAGAUGAGGAAGAUGAUGGAGCAAUACUCCAUCAGGAAGAUCCUUCUGCCGGUUCUGGGAUCACACCGCUUGGUGUCAAUCAAAUUCACCUAUUAAAAACCAUGGGCCACAGCCGCCAGUCUUCUGACAGUAGCGUUGAUCGCUUUGUAACAAGAGAGGAGACUGUGGAGCCAGGAGAUCUGGAAACUAAGCCUUCCAGAAUUAAAGGAGACAUUGGACACUACACUGACAGAGAUGCAGCUCCUCUUAUUCAUUGUGUACGGCUCUUAUCUGCCUCAUUCCUCCUCACAGGACAAAGGAAUGCGUUGGUACCAGACAGAGAUGUUCGGGUCAGUGUGAAGGCGCUGGCGCUGAGCUGUGUCACUGCGGCUGUCUCUCUGUAUCCAGAAGCUUUCUUCAGCAAAUUAUACAAGCUGACUACAGAAAUCACAGAACCUCAAGAAACCCUGUAUGUCUCAGACAUUGUGAAUUAUAUGAACCACGGAGACCCCCAGGUGCGGGGGGCCACAGCUAUCCUGUGUGGGACCGUAGUCUUCUCAAUACUCAACAAGUCGCGCUAUAAUGCGGGAACCUGGCUGGCACGUAUCCGAAGCACUACAGGAAACUCCUUUUCUGUGGAAGAUUGCGUACCUUUUUUGCAGAAAUCUCUGAAAGAUGAAUCUUCUGUUACCUGCAAGCUGGCGUGUGUGGCUGUCAGACUCUGCAUCUCCAGCUUGUGCUGUAGCGCAUACAGUGAGUUUGGUUUGCAGCUCUUGAUUGAUCUCCUCACCCUGAAGAACAGCUCUUACUGGCUUGUUAGAACCGAGCUUCUGGAAACUCUUGCCGAAAUUGAUUUCCGAUUAGUUAGUUUCUUAGAAGAGCGAGCCGAGAGUUUACACAGAGGUGUCCAUCAUUACACCGGGCUGUUACAUCUUCAGGAUCGAGUUCUCCAUAAUGUGAUUAUCAGCCUUUUGGGUGACGAGGAUGCCCGGGUGAGGCACGUUGCAGCCGCCGCUCUAGCAAGAUUGGUACCCAAGUUGUUCUACAGUUGUGACCAAGGACAGGCGGACCCCGUUGUAGCUGCAGCAAGAGACCAAAGCGGCGUUUACCUGAAAGUCCUCAUGCACGAGACGCAGCCUCCGUCGCACUUUGCCGUCAGUACGAUAACCAGGAUCUACAGAGGGUACAGUAUUCUGCAAAAUCCAACAGACGUAAGCAUGGAAAAUAACCUGUCCAAGGUUAUCACUGCGGUUUCUCACGCGCUGACCACGUCGACCACACGCGCUCUUACGUUUGGGUGCUGUGAAGCUCUUUGCCUUCUGUCAGUCACGUAUCCAGCAUGCACGUGGAGCGUGGGGUGGCAUUGCGGCUACGUGACUACCUCCGGCACGCAGGCCUCGCGGAUAAUGCUUUACAAGAACAGAGGACGCACCUUCAGCAUUUCUCAACAGAGCCCGUCAGAGGAGCCUCGAAAGUGCUGCACUGCUGGGAUGGCGAACAUGGUGCUUUCUCUGCUGUCGUCUGCAUGGUUUCCUCUGGAUCUCUCUGCACAUCAGGAUGCCCUGGUUCUUGCAGGGAACCUACUCGCAGCUACUGCUCCUAAAUCGUUAAAGAACCCUUGGACUACAGAGGAAGAGGCUAAUCAAGGGGCCAGUAAACAAGAGGAGCCGUGGCCGGCCCUUGGAGACAGGACAAUGGUCAGCAUGGUGGAGCAGCUCUUCAUUCACUUGCUGAAGGCCAUCAAUAUAUGUGCUCAUGUCAUUGAUGAUAUCGCUCCUGGGCCGGUAAUAAAGGCGACUCUGCCAUCUCUGACUAACCCAACUUCAUUGAGUCCCAUCCGCCGGAAGGGGAAGGAAAAAGAGAGUGCUGAGCAAACAAAUGUGCCCUUAAGCCCUAAGAAAGUCAGUGAAGCCACGCCAGCAUCUCGGCAAACGGAUGCAUCGGGACCUGCUCAAACAAGCAAAUCCCUUGGCAGCUUCUACCAUCUUCCUUCCUACCUUAAACUAUAUGAUGUAUUGAAAGCUACAUAUGCAAACUAUAAGGUAUCAUUGGACCUUCAGAAUAACAAUGAGAAGUUUGGGAGCUUCCUCCGGUCUGCCCUGCAUGUCUUAUCACAGAUUUUGGAGCUAGCCACACUGAAUGAUAUUAGUAAGUGUGUUGAAGAAAUACUUGGCUACUUAAAAUCCUGCUUUAGUAGGGAGCCGGUGAUGUCUACAGUAUGUGUGCAACAGUUAUUGAAGACUCUUUUUGGAACCAACUUGGCUUCUCAGUUUGAGACCUUAUCUUCGAACCCCAGUAAAUGCCAAGGAAAGGCUCAGCGCUUGGGCUCUUCCAACCUCCGGCCCGGCUUAUACCAUUACUGCUUCAUGGCUCCAUAUACACACUUCACCCAGGCCCUGGCAGAUGCCAGUCUUAGGAACAUGGUUCAAGCAGACCAAGAGCAGGACACAUCAGGGUGGUUUGAUGUCCUUCAGAAGGUUUCUUCCCAGCUUAAAAACAGCAUCACCAAUGUUGCCAAGCACCGGGCAGAUAAGAAUGCUAUACACAAUCACAUCCGCCUGUUCGAGCCAUUGGUCAUAAAAGCUUUGAAGCAGUACACCACAACCACAUCUGUGCAGCUUCAGAGACAGGUGCUCGAUCUACUAGCCCAGCUGGUCCAGCUUCGCGUUAACUAUUGCCUUCUGGAUUCUGACCAAGUAUUUAUAGGGUUUGUGCUGAAGCAGUUUGAAUACAUUGAAGUUGGCCAGUUUCGGGAGUCCGAAGCCAUUAUUCCUAAUGUCUUCUUCUUCCUGGUGCUGCUGUCUUAUGAGCGUUACCAUUCAAAGCAGAUCAUUGGAAUUCCCAAAAUCAUUCAGCUGUGUGACGGUAUCAUGGCUAGUGGAAGGAAAGCAGUCACCCAUGCAAUUCCAGCUCUUCAACCAAUAGUCCACGACCUCUUUGUGCUCAGGGGAGCCAACAAAGCAGAUGCUGGGAAAGAGCUGGAGACCCAGAAAGAGGUGGUUGUGUCCAUGCUCCUCAGGCUUAUUCAGUAUCACCAGGUGCUGGAGAUGUUCAUUUUGGUGCUGCAGCAAUGUCACAAGGAGAAUGAAGACAAGUGGAAAAGACUGUCCCGGCAGAUAGCGGAUAUCAUCCUACCAAUGCUAUCUAAACAACAGAUGCACAUAGACUCGCACGAGGCUCUCGGUGUACUAAAUACUUUAUUUGAGACCCUGGCUCCGUCCUCUCUCCGCCCUGUGGACAUGUUACUGAGAAGUAUGUUUGUUGUCCCCUGUUCUUUGGCGUCCGUGAGCACCGUUCAGCUGUGGAUAUCAGGGAUUCUGGCUAUUCUCAGAGUUCUCAUCUCUCAGUCCACCGAGGAUAUCGUGCUGUCGCGUAUCCAGGAGUUAUCCUUCUCCCCGCUGAUAAUCUGCUGCCCGAAUAUAACCUACCUGAGGGACGGGGACAAUAAUCGCCCAACUCCAGAAGAACAUUCUGACCAAAAUCAAACAAAGCCUCCCCCGGAAGAAACCUUUUCUCGGUUUCUGUUGCAGUUGGUGGGCAUCCUUUUGGAAGACAUAGUACAGAAGGAGCUUAAGGUGGAUCUGAGCGAGGAGCAACAUACCUUCUACUGCCAGCAGCUUGGCACCCUGCUCAUGUGUUUGAUUCACAUCUUCAAAUCAGGUACAUUCAGAAGGAUCACAAAUGCAGCUACGAGACUUUUUAAAGGCGACGGAGACAACGGCAACUUUUAUACCCUGGAGUGCCUGAGUGAGCUCGUGGAAUCCAUGUUCCCCACGCACCCCUCGCUUGUGCUGCUCUGGUGCCAUCUCUUGCUGCUCAUCAACUAUACCAACUACGACUGGUGGUCCGAGGUUCACCAGACCCUCAAACGGAAGAGCCUGUCCAGCACAAAACUACUGCUCAGUCCGCAGAUCUCGUCGGACGGCGAUGACCCAGACGCGGAGUCGAAGCUCGGCAUGUGUAACCGAGAAAUAGUCCGAAGGGGAGCACUCAUCUUAUUCUGCGAUUACGUGUGUCAGAACCUGCAUGACUCCGAGCAUCUGACCUGGCUGAUCGUGAAUCACGUGCAGGACCUCAUCCACCUUUCCCACGAGCCUCCGGUGCAGGACUUCAUCAGCGCCAUACACAGGAAUUCCGCUGCCAGCGGAUUGUUCAUUCAGGCGAUCCAGUCCCGCUGUGAAAACCUCGCUACGCCAACGUCCCUGAAGAAGACCUUGCAGUGUUUGGAGGGCAUCCACCUCAGCCAGUCGGGCGCCGUGCUGUUGCUCUACGUUGAUAAGCUCCUGUGUACCCCGUUCCGUGUGCUGGCGCGCAUGGUGGACACGCUGGCCUGCCGGCGGGUGGAAAUGCUACUUGCUGCUCCGGCACAGGUACACAGGGGCCACCGUUACUUAACUAAUUCUUGCAAGAGUUCUAUGAAACGACAGAGCAGUGUUUGUCAGUUGCCGGUGGAAGAGCUGGAUCGGAUACAGACGUAUUUGCAGAACAGUGGUCUGGCACAAAGGCAUCAGCGGCUUUAUUCUCUGCUGGACAGAUUCCGGGCUACUGUGGCGCAGAACACUGUAAGCCCUUCACCCGUACUUACCUCCCACCCGCUGGACGCCGAAAAUCAGCCCCCGUUAGAGUCUCUGGAUCCAGAUAAGGACUGGUAUGUGGCUCUGGUUCAAUCCCAGUGCCAAGUCCAAUCCGAUUGUUCAUUACUAGAAGGAGCCGAGCUAGUGAAUGAAAUUCCUCCAUCAGAACAGCAUUCCUUCAUGACCAACGAGAAAUUCAAUUUGAGCCUUCUUGCCCCGUGCUUAGCAUUGGGAGUGAACCAGGUUGCAGGAGAGCAGAAGAGCGCCUUCUUUGAGACGACCCUAGGCGUGAUCCUGACUCACGUGUGUCGGUGCGUGCAGCGGCUGCCGGGCCCUCACCUUCCUCUGCAGCCUGCGCAGCCGCAGCGCAACACGGAGUACUGGGGAAAACUCAGCACGGUCUUCGGUGACCCGGCCGUGUAUAGCUCCACCAUGACUCUCUGCCGAGCGCUAUCUCAGUACCUGCUCUCUCUGCCCAAGAUACCGCCAGCCCUCCACAUACAGCGGGAGAAGGAAGCGGACAUCCUGACAUUCAUGGUGUUCUCUGUCGAGGCCGUGUCCUGGCAUUUCAUACACGAGCAGAUCCCGCUGAGCGUGGAUCUCCAAGCCGUGCUGGACUGCUGCUGUCUAACGUUACAACAGCCGGCAUUGUGGAGCUUGCUGGCCUCGGACGAGUUUGUGACGCAGGCCUGUUCCCUCAUCACCUGCGUCAGGUUCAUCAUCGAAGCAGUUGCAGUAGAGCCCGGUGACCAACUGCUUAGUCCUGAAAGGAAGAAAAACGACUCGGCGGAAACCGAAGUACACAGUACACAGAAUUUAAAAUUGAUCAAGCAAGCCCGUGAAAUAAUGGCCGAAAUGGUGGACUCCCUGCAGACCGUUUUAGUAUUUGGACACAGAAAGAACAGCAACAUUGCGGGCUUUCUGACGCCUGUUUUCAGGAAUAUUAUAAUCAGCUUGGCUCGCUUGCCCAUAGUUAAUAGUUACACCAGGAUCCCUCCGCUGGUUUGGAAACUUGGAUGGUCUCCUAAAAGCGGGGGUGAAUUUGGAACAUCUCUUCCUGAAAUUCCAGUGGAAUUUUUACAAGAAAAAGAAGUAUUCAAAGAAUUUAUAUACCGUAUCAACACACUGGGAUGGAUAAAUCGCACUCAGUUUGAGGAAACGUGGGCCACUCUCCUGGGGGUUCUGGUCACUCAGCCUAUUGCGAUGGACCAAGAAGAAAGUCAGCAAGAGGAAGAUACAGAGAGGACCCAAAUCAAUGUCCUGGCAGUCCAAGCCAUCACAUCUCUGGUGCUCAGUGCAAUGACCCUCCCGGCCGCGGGUAACCCGGCCAUCAGCUCCCUGGAGCAGCAGCCACGAAACAAGACGUUAAAAGCCCUGGACACGAGAUUUGGCAGGAAGCUAAGUUUAGUGAGAGGGAUCGUGGAACAAGAAGUCCAAGCCAUGGUGUCUAAGAGGGACAAUAUAGCCACGCAUCAUCCCUAUCAAGCUUGGGACCCCGUACCUUGUUUGUCGGCUUCAACCACAGGUGCUCUUAUCGGCCACGAAAAACUUCUCUUGCAGAUCAACACCGAGAGGGAAAUUGGAAACAUGCAGUAUAAACUGGGGCAGGUCUCCAUUCAUUCUGUGUGGCUGGGAAAUAACAUCACCCCCCUGAGAGAAGAGGAGCUGGAUGAGGAUGAGGAAGAUGAGAACGAUGUCCCUCCAGCUUCUUCCCCACCAACCUCUCCAAUAAACUCCAGGAAGCACCGUGCUGGAGUGGACAUCCAUUCCUGCUCGCAGUUCUUGCUGGAGCUGUACAGCCAGUGGAUCCUGCCCACUGCCGGGAAGAAAACACCAGUGAUCCUGAUCAGCGAAGUGGUCCGAUCGCUCCUGGCGGUGUCGGAUUUAUUCACUGAGAGGAAUCAGUUUGAGAUGAUGUACGCGUCUUUAACCGAGCUGCAGAAGCAGCACCCGGCCGAGGACGAAAUUCUCAAUCAGUAUCUGGUGCCUGCGAUCUGCAAAGCUGCCGCCGUGCUGGGAAUGGAUAAGGCUGUUGCAGAGCCCGUGAGCCGUUUGCUGGAGAAUACGCUGCGCAGCACGCAUAUGCCGAGCCGUAUUGGAGCUUUGCACGGCGUCCUGUACAUCCUGGAGUGUGACCUGCUGGAUGAGACGGCUAAACAGCUCAUACCGGUCAUCAGCGAUUAUCUGCUUUCCAACCUACGCGGGAUAGCACACUGUGUGAACCUCCAUAACCAGCAGCACGUCCUGGUGAUGAGCGCCGCAGCCUUCUACCUGAUUGAGAAUUAUCCAUUGGAUGUAGGGCCGGAGUUCACCGCUGGCAUCAUACAGAUGUGUGGCGUGAUGGUCUCGGGGAGUGAAGAAUCCACCCCGUCCACGAUCUACCAUUGUGUCCUGAGGGGUUUGGAGCGGCUGCUCCUCUCUGAGCAGCUCUCCAGACUGGAUGGGGAGGCUCUUGUAAAGCUGAGCGUCGACCGCGUCAAUAUACACAGCCCGCACAGAGCCAUGACUGCCCUGGGGUUGAUGCUUACCUGCAUGUACACAGGUAAAGAGAAGAUCAGUCCUGGCCGUACCGCCGAGCCGAGCCCUUCAGCUCCAGACAGCGAAUCUGUCAUUGUGGCCAUGGAGCGAGUGUCAGUGCUGUUUGACAGAAUCAGGAAAGGCUUUCCGUUUGAAGCAAGAGUCGUGGCGAGGAUCCUUCCACAAUUUUUAGAUGACUUUUUCCCUCCGCAAGAUGUAAUGAACAAGGUCAUCGGAGAGUUCUUGUCCAACCAGCAGCCCUACCCGCAGUUCAUGGCCACCGUGGUUUACAAGGUCUUCCAGACCUUACAUGCGACCGGACAGUCCUCGAUGGUGCGUGACUGGGUGAUGCUGUCUCUCUCCAACUUCACACAGCGCACUCCAGUUGCCAUGGCGAUGUGGAGCCUGUCUUGUUUUUUCGUCAGUGCAUCUACUAGCAAGUGGAUUUCGGCGAUUCUUCCACACGUGAUCAGCAGAAUGGGAAAGUCGGAGCCCGUGGAUAUCAGCCUGUUUUGCCUGGUUGCCAUAGACUUUUAUAGACAUCAGAUAGAUGAAGAACUGGAUCGAAGGGCCUUUCAGUCCGUCUUUGAGCUGGUGGCUUCUCCCGGAACUCCUUACCAUCGCCUCCUGAUCUGUUUGCAGAAUGUCCGCAACGUUACUGUGUUCUAGAUGUCCCGUGGGCUGCAGAAAUGGGGUGCACGCUGCGCACGCGUGAAAAGAAGCCUUUCCCCCUACAUCGGUGCAUCCUGGUCACUCUAAAUCUACCCGGUCACUCUAAAUCUACCCUCCGAAAACUAGGCACUGCUAUAACCCGGCACUUGUCCUGCUCUGAAUGUUGGUUCUUGUAGAUAUGUUCUGAUUGCAACCAGAUUUUAUUAAAGUGAAUGUAAAAGUCC